GAACGCCGGCCUGUGAUUGGCUGCCCGGACCACAUGAUAACCUGGGUAGAACCCGCAGCUGUGUGCUGUCGCCCAGCGUUUCUCUGGAGGGAAGCUGGGGAGGCUUUGGCGGCUUGGGAGACCAUUAAACUCUAAAACAACCGGGCAAAAAAAAGUGGGACUACAGAACUCCAGACCCUUUGUGGAUGGACAGGGAGGUGCGCUUACUGUCAGAACACGCUGCGGGAAUCUUUCUCUGAGCCUCUAGAAUCGUCCCAAGAUGACGACCAUUGUGACGGAGUAUGAGGAGUACGAGGAGGAGGUGGUGGAGGAGGAAUAUGAAGAUGAAAUGAUGGAGGAGGAGGAAGAAGAGGAGAUCAUUGACGAGCAGAUGACAACGAUGACCGCCACUCAUCAGCAAUCUCACAGCCACCAGUCUGGCUUGCCCACCAGGAAAGUGGUGAAAAGGGCCAAGGUGGACACUUCCAAGUUCAUGACUCCCUACCUGGCCCAUAGCCAGAAGAUGAUGGAGCAGUUCAGCCACAACAAGUAUCGUCAGGCGUAUGAUAAGUCCAGAGGGAAUCCUCCUGCCAUCAGCACGGAGACGCCUGAAAUGAUUCGCAUCCGCAAGGCCCAAGAGCAGCUCAGCGAGAUUAAAUACCGCAUGGAGGGCAAUAAGUCCAAGACCACCAGCAUGUACGACGGGGAGGCGCGGGAAAUUGCCCACGUCAAGCAAGUGUCUGACCUCAUUAGCAAGGUCCUGUACAGGCAGAAGUGGGACGAGACCAAGGACCGGUACCUGCUUCCCCCGGAUGCACCCGAGCUGGUCUUAGCAGUGAAGAAUGCCGCCAACUACAGCAAAAAACUCUACACGGAGGACUGGGACGAGGAGAAGACCAUGUUCUGUCCGUACAGCGACAGCCCAGAGUUACGUCGAGUGGUCAAGGCUCAGGAAGUGCUCAGUGAUGUUCAAUACAAGAAAGGUCACAAUGAGCGCAAGACCAAGUACACCUCCUUGCCCGACCCUCCUGAGGUGGAGCUGGCUAAGAGAGCCAACGAUCAGCGCAGUGACCUCAAAUACAAGGAGGAGUACAAUAAGAACGUGAAGGGUCAAUGGUGCGAGACGCCCUACUUCGACGUGGCCAUAGCCAGGGUGGCCAUGGAGAACCUGAGCAAUAGAAAAUACACGCAACACUACGAGGACAGCAAAGACAACAUCUACUUCAUGCAAACAGAGACGCCCGUGUACGACACCCACAGGAAGGCUCAGACCGCCGCCAGUGAGGUGAAGUACAAGAAGGAGUACGAGAAGACAAAAGCCCAGUCGGACUACAACACGCUGCCGGCCACGGAGAAUCCUCUGCUCAGGCAGCUCCGAUACGCCGGCACCAUCCUCAGUGACAAAGUCUACAAGGACAACUACGAGAAGUCCCGAGGCUUCAGCAUCAACUACUGUGACACGCCCAAAUUCCAGAUGGACUCCGUGCUCAAACAGUUCACUGACGCGCGCUAUAAAGAGAAGUACGACAACGAGGUGAAGGGUCACUACCUCGGCAGCUAUGAGGAUGUCUACAUGCUUCACUGCCAACAAGUGGAGGAAAUGAAGAAAGAGCAACUCUACAAAGCCGACUACGAGGACCUGAAAACCAGAUGCUUCUUCCCUCAAACCAUCACGCCCGAGUACGAAGCCACCAAGAAGCUGCAGCAGUGCAACGACAAAGUUUACCGGCAACAUCCGGACAAAGUGAAAUUCACUCAAGUGACCGACUCGCCGGUGCUGGUUCAAGCGGCCAUCAACGCCAAACAGCUGAGUGACCUCAACUACAAGGCACAAUACGAGGAGACCAAAUUCAAGAACAGUCUUCCUCCGGACUAUCCCUUCUUUGUCCAGUCCAGAGUGAACGCCUUCAACAUCAGUGACAGCUGCUACAGGUACGACUGGGAGCGGGCUAAAGCCAAGAAGUUUGAGGUCAAAGGUGACGCGAUCUCGAUCCUCGCUGCCCGUGCUCACACCAACAUCGCCAGUGACGUGAAAUACAAGAAAGAAUAUGAGAAGAACAAGGGUCAGAUGGUCGGAGCGCUCAGCAUCAACGACGAUCCCAAAAUCUUGCACUCGGUUCAUGUGGCCAAAAUCCAGAGUGAUCGAGAAUACAAAAAAGAAUAUGAGAAGAUCAAGACCAAGUACCACACGCCACUGGACAUGAUGUCCGUCACUCAGGCUAAGAAGUCGCAGGCCAUCGCCAGCAUGGCCGGCUACAGGAGCAUCAACACCAACUUCUUCCUUCCGCACGACACCGUGCUGCUGGAUCUGGCCAAGAAAGCCAACAUCAUCCAGAGUGACAACGAGUACAAGUCGGACUACAACAACUACACCAAGGGAAGCCCGUGGGUGCCUUUUGGCUCCUUAGACGUGGAAAAAGCCAAAAACGCCGGACAAAUCCUGAAUGAGAAAAAAUACCGAACGCAUCCCGACACCAUCCCCUUCACAUCCAUCGACGACCACCCCGUCAUGAUGCAGGCCAAAGUCAGCCAGCUCCAGAGGAGCGAUCUCUUCUACAAGCAAGGUCUGGAGGAGAUCCAUCAGAAGUAUUCCCUGCCCGCUGACAUCCCAGAGUUCCUCCAGGCCAAGUGUAACGCCUACAACAUCAGCAACAACUGCUACAAGUACGCCUGGCAGGACAUCAUUGCCAAAGGUUACGACCUGCAGCCUGACGCUAUCCCCAUUGUCGCUGCCAAAGCCGCCCGACACGCUGCCAGCGAUGUCCAGUACAAGAAGGCGUACGAGAAGGCCAAGGGUCACCACGUGGGCUUCCGCAGCCUGCAGGACGACCCUCUGCUGGUCCACUACAUGGAGGUGGCCAAGCUGCAGAGCGACAAGAACUACAAGCAGGACUACCACAAGGUCAAGCUGAAGUUCCACUCUCCGGUGGACAUGAUGAGCGUGGCCCACGCCAAGCACGCGUCGAAGGUGCAGACCUUCACCGGCUACAAGCAGCACCACCACAAUUACUGCCUCCUGCCGGACGCCAUGAACCUGGAUCUGGCUCGUACUAUGAACUACAACGCCAGCGACUACCAAUAUAAACAAGAUUAUGAGAGCUCGGUCAAAGGAAUCGGCUGGGUUCCUAUCGGCUCCUUGGAGGUGGAGAAGGCCAAGGCGGCAGCAGCGGCCCUGGAUGAGAAGAAGUACCGACAACACCCUGACACCUUGAAAUUCACCAGCGUCACCGACUCCAUGAACAUGGAGCUCGCCAAGGCCAACACCAAGAUUCUUAAUAUGAAAGACUACAAGGCCAGUGGCGAGAAGGUCAUGCACACCUAUCACCUUCCCGCUGAUGCUCCUGAACUGAUGCAAGCCAGAUACAACGCUGCGAACAUCAGCCAGAAUUACUACACCUACGCUCACCGCCGAGAUCUGCUCAAAGGGCAUCACAUGAAGGAGGAUGCCAUUCCCAUCGUCGCUGCAAAGACCUCCAGAGACAUUGCCAGCAAUUACAAGUACAAACUGGCACACGAGAAGGCCAAGGGUCACCACGUGGGCUUCCGCAGCCUGCAGGACGACCCUCUGCUGGUCCACUACAUGGAGGUGGCCAAGCUGCAGAGCGACAAGAACUACAAGAAGGACUACCACAAGGUCAAGCUGAAGUAUCACUCGCCGGUGGACAUGAUGAGCCUGGUCCAUGCCAAGCAGGCCUCGGCCGCUCAGACGAUGACGGGCUACAGGAAGAUCCCUCACAACUACAUGCUUCUUCCUGACAACAUGCAGCUGCAGCUCUGUAGGGGCAUGAUGGAGAUUCAGAGUGACAAUGUAUACAAAUCUGAUUACACCAACAUCUACAGAGGAGCAGGGUGGGUUCCUAUCGGCUCUCUGGAUGUUGAGAAAGCCAAAGCUGCCAAAGCCGCCCUGGAAGAAAGGGGCUACCGUCAGCAUCCCAGCACUCUGAAGUUCACCAGCACCACAGACAGCAUGAACAUGACUUUGGCUCUGGCCAACUCCAAGCAGCUGGACAACGCUGCAUACAAAGCUUCCGGUGAGAAGUUCAUGCACACCUACCACCUGCCAGCUGACAGUCCAGAGUUCAUCCAGGCUAAAUUUAAUGCUCAGACGCUCAGUGAGAGUCAAUACAGGCAAAAAUGGCUGGAAGAUAUUGCCAAAGGUUACGACCUGAAGCCUGACGCCAUUCCCAUCCUGCAUGCCAAGCAAGGCAGACAUAUUGCCAGCAAUGUGCAAUACAGGAAAGAAUUUGAGAAGGAGAGGGGUCACCACGUGGGCUUCCGCAGCCUGCAGGACGACCCUCUGCUGGUCCACUACAUGGAGGUGGCCAAGCUGCAGAGCGACAAGAACUACAAGAAGGACUACCACAAAGCCAAGCUGAAGUAUCACUCGCCGGUGGACAUGAUGAGCCUGGUCCACGCCAAGCAGGCCUCGGCCGCUCAGACGAUGGCGGGCUACAGGAAGAUGCAUCACACCAACGCUCUCCUCCCCGACGCCAUGAGCUUUGUGCUGGCUCGCACCAUGAACACCCAGUCCAGUGAUUGCGAUUACAAGUCCGAAUGGAACAACUACGUCAGAGGCAUGGGCUGGGUCCCGAUUGGCUCGCUUGCAGUGGAAACCGCAAAGGUUGGCAGUGAGAUUCUCAGCGAGAACAAGUACCGCACUCAUCCGUCCACCUUCAAGUACAGCAAGCUGAUGGACUCCAUGGACAUUGCUCUGGCGACCGCCAACAACCAGAUCAUGAAUAAGAAAGCUUACACUGCCGCUUGGGAGAAGGACAAACUGACAGUCCACGUCAUGCCAGAUGCUCCUGAGAUUGUCCUGGCCAAGGCCAACGCCAUCACCAUGAGCGAUAAACUUUACAAAUCCGGUGUGAUGGAGAUGGCCAACAAGGGCUACAACCUGAAAGCGGACGCCAUUCCAAUUGUGGCUGCCAAGUCAGGGACAACUAUCGCUAGUAAUUACAAGUACAAACUGGCACACGAGAAGGCAAGGGGGCACCACGUGGGCUUCCGCAGCCUGCAGGACGACCCUCUGCUGGUUCACUACAUGGAGGUGGCCAAGCUGCAGAGCGACAAGAACUACAAGAAGGACUACCACAAAGCCAAGCUGAAGUAUCACUCGCCGGUGGACAUGAUGAGCCUGGUCCACGCCAAGCAGGCCUCGGCCGCUCAGACGAUGGCGGGCUACAGGAAGAUGCAUCACACCAACGCUCUCCUCCCCGACGCCAUGAGCUUUGUGCUGGCUCGCACCAUGAACACCCAGUCCAGUGAUUGCGAUUACAAGUCAGAAUGGAACAACUACGUCAGAGGCAUGGGCUGGGUCCCGAUUGGCUCGCUUGCAGUGGAAACCGCAAAGGUUGGCAGUGAGAUUCUCAGCGAGAACAAGUACCGCACUCAUCCGUCCGCCUUCAAGUACAGCAAGCUGAUGGACUCCAUGGACAUUGCUCUGGCGACCGCCAACAACCAGAUCAUGAAUAAGAAAGCUUACACUGCCGCUUGGGAGAAGGACAAACUGACAGUCCACGUCAUGCCAGAUGCUCCUGAGAUUGUCCUGGCCAAGGCCAACGCCAUCACCAUGAGCGAUAAACUAUACAAAUCCGGCAUUAUGGAAAUGGCCAACAAGGGCUAUGACCUCAGAGCUGACGCCAUCCCCAUUGUGGCCGCAAAGUCCGGUACCAACAUUGCCAGCAACUACAAGUACAAACUGGCGUACGAGAAGGCCCGAGGUCACCACGUGGGCUUCCGCAGCCUGCAGGACGACCCUCUGCUGGUCCACUACAUGGAGGUGGCCAAGCUGCAGAGCGACAAGAACUACAAGAAGGACUACCACAAGUCCAAGCUGAAGUAUCACUCGCCGGUGGACAUGAUGAGCGUGGCGCACGCCAAGCACGCCUCAGCUGUUCAGACGAUGGCGGGCUACAAGAAGCUUAUUCCUCACUACACAGUCCUGCCUGAUGCCAUGAACCUGGAACUGGCCCGUAACAUGCAGUUCAUUGCUAGUGACAACCAAUACAAGAGCGAGUAUCAAAGCUUCAUGAGAGGAAUGGGAUGGGUUCCCAUCGGCUCAUUGGAUGUUGAGAAAGCAAAAGUAGCCGGCAAGAUCUUCAGUGAGCAACAGUACCGUCAACACCCGAGUAACUAUAAAUUCACCAAGGACAUGCAGUCCAUGGACCUGGUCCUGGCCACUGCCAACAACCAGAUCAUGGAUAAGCAAUCUUACACCAAAGCCUGGGACAGCGACAAGAGAACGAUCCACAUCAUGCCUGACGCAAUGGAUAUUGUUUUGGCUCGUGACAAUAAGAAAAACUACAGCGAGAAACUGUACAGACUGGAAAAUGAGCUCUCUAAGAAGAAGGGUCAUAAUCUUGGUGCUGAUGCUAUCCCCGUCCAGGCUGCUAAAACCUCUACUGUUAUUGCAAGUGAUUACAAGUACAAGACAGGAUACCGCAAGCAAGUCGGCCACCACAUCGGGGCCCUCAGCAUCCAGGACGACCCUCUCCUCAUGCUGGCUCUCAACUCCGCCAAGAUCGCCAGCGACGCCCUCUACAAGAAGGACUUCAACAAGUCCAAGACCAGAUUCCAUCUGCCAGUGGACAUGAUGGCGUUCGAACUGGCCAAGAAGAACCAAAUCCAGGUCAACCACGCCAACUACAUCACCCGCCUGCACAACUGGACCUGCCUGCCCGACUCCAAUGACGUCGUCCAGGCCAGACACGCAUACAACCUGCAGAGCGACGCCGUUUACAAGGAAGACCUGAAGAUGCUGCAGGGUAUCGGCUGGGUCCCGAUUGGGUCGCUGGAUGUGGAGAAGGUGAAGAAAUCCGGAGAGAUCUUGAGCGAGAAAAAGUACCGUCAGCACCCGAGCAACUACAGGUUCAUCAGCAGCACGGAAGACAUGCCCAUGGUGCUCGCCAAGGCCAACGCCCAAGUCAUGAACAAGCAAGCCUACACUGAAGCCUGGGAGGCAGAUAAGACGACCAUCCAUGUCAUGCCUGAUGCCAUGGAUAUUGUGCUGGCCAAAGCAAACAAAGUCAACUACAGUGUGAAACAAUACAAGCAGGCAAAUGAAGAUGCAAAAAAGAAGGGUUACGACCUGCGCAACGAUGCCAUUUCCAUCAUCGCAGCCAAAGCUUCCAGGGACAUCGCCAGUGAUUUCAAGUACAAGACAGGAUACCGCAAGCAGGUCGGCCACCACAUCGGGGCCCUCAGCGUCCAGGACGACCCUCUCCUCAUGCUGGCCCUCAACUCCGCCAAGAUCGCCAGCGACGCCCUCUACAAGAAGGACUUCAACAAGUCCAAGACCAAGUUCAACCUUCCAGUGGACAUGAUGGCGUUUGAGCUGGCCAAGAAGAACCAGAUCCAGGUCAACCACGCCAACUACAUCACCCGCCUGCACCAGUGGACUUGCUUGCCCGACUCCAACGACGUCGUCCAGGCCAGACACGCGUAUGACCUGCAGAGCGACGUUGUUUACAAAGAGGAGCUGAAGACGCUGCAGGGUAUCGGCUGGGUGCCCAUUGGCUCCCUGGAUGUUGAAAAGGUGAAGAAAGCAGGUGAGAUCCUGAGUGAGAAAAAGUACCGUCAGCCACCCAGCAUCUACAAGUUCAUGAGCACGACGGAGGACAUGCCCAUGGUGCUGGCCAAGGCCAACGCUCAGGUCAUGAACAAGAAAGCAUACUCUGAAGCCUGGGAAAAUGAGAAGACAAAUAUCCACGUCAUGCCUGAUGCCAUGGAUGUUGUUCUGGCUAAAGCCAACAAUGUCAACUACAGCUUGAAACUGUACAAGCAGGCAAAUGAAGAAGCAAAGAAGAAGGGCUACGACCUGCGCAACGAUGCCAUUUCCAUCAUUGCGGCUCGGGCUUCCAGGGAUAUUGCUAGCGAUUACAAGUACAAGACAGGAUACCGCAAGCAGGUGGGCCACCACAUCGGGGCCCUCAGCGUCCAGGACGACCCUCUCCUCAUGCUGGCCCUCAACUCCGCCAAGAUCGCCAGCGACGCCCUCUACAAGAAGGACUUCAACAAGUCCAAGACCAGAUUCCAUCUGCCAGUGGACAUGAUGGCCUUCGAACUGGCAAAGAAGAACCAGAUCCAGGUCAACCACGCCAACUACAUCACCCGCCUGCACAACUGGACCUGCCUGCCCGACUCCAACGACGUCGUCCAGGCCAGACACGCGUAUGACCUGCAGAGCGACGUUGUUUACAAAGAGGAGCUGAAGACGCUUCAGGGUAUUGGCUGGGUGCCGAUUGGCUCACUCGAUGUGGAGAAGGUGAAGAAAGCCGGCGAGAUCUUGAGUGAGAGAAAGUACCGUCAACACCCCAGCAACUACAAGUUCAAGAGCACGACCGAGGACAUGCCCAUGGCGCUGGCCAAGGCCAACGCUCAAGUCAUGAAUCAGAAAGCCUACAUUGAAGCCUGGGAAAACGAGAAGACCAAUAUCCACGUCAUGCCUGACGCCAUGGAUGUGCUUCUUGCAAAAGCCAACAACGUCAACUACAGCUUGAAACAAUACAAGCAGGCAAAUGAAGAUGCCAAGAAGAAGGGUUACGACCUGCGUAACGAUGCCAUUUCAAUCAUCGCAGCAAAGGCCUCCAGGGACAUCGCCAGUGAUUACAAGUACAAGACAGGAUACCGCAAGCAGGUGGGCCACCACAUCGGGGCCCUCAGCGUCCAGGACGACCCUCUCCUCAUGCUGGCCCUCAACUCCGCCAAGAUCGCCAGCGACGCCCUCUACAAGAAGGACUUCAACAAGUCCAAGACCAAGUUCAACCUUCCAGUGGACAUGAUGGCGUUUGAACUGGCCAAGAAGAACCAGAUCCAGGUCAACCACGCCAACUACAUCACCCGCCUGCACCAGUGGACUUGCCUGCCCGACUCCAACGACGUCGUCCAGGCCAGACAAGCGUAUGACCUGCAGAGCGACGCCGUCUACAAGGCUGACUUGAAGUGGCUCCAGGGUCUCGGCUGGGUCCCCAUCGGCUCACUGGAGGUGGAGAAGGCCAAGAAGGCCGCGGAGAUCUUGAGUGAACAGAAGUACCGUCAGCCUCCUAGCUCCAUUCCCUUCACCAGCACCACCGAUGCCAUGAACAUGGAACUGGCCAAGAACAAUGCUUUGACAAUGAACAGGCGUCUCUACGUUGAAGCGUGGGAGAGGGAUAAGACCAAGCUGCACAUCAACCCUGACACCCCGGAGAUCAUCCUUUCUCAGCAGAAUGCCAUCAACAUGAGCAGGAAACUCUACAGGCAAGGCUUUGAGGCCACCAUCAAGAAGGGCUACUUCCUCCCGGGAGACGCAGUCGCUGUGAAGAGUGCCAAGGCCUCCAGGGAUAUUGUCAGUGAUUACAAAUACAAGACAGGAUACCGGCAACAAGUCGGCCACCACAUCGGCGCUCGCAGCAUCCAUGACGACCCUCUGAUCUUGCUGGCCCUGAACUCCGCUAAGAUCGCCAGCGACGCCCUCUACAAGAAGGACUUCAACAAGUCCAAGACCAAGUUCAACCUGCCAGUGGACAUGUUGAGCCUUGAACUGGCCAAGAAAUGCCAGAUCCAGGUCAACCACGCCAACUACAUCACCCGCCUGCACCAGUGGACCUGCCUGCCCGACUCCAACGAUGUCGUCCAGGCCAGGAAAGCCUACGAUCUUCAGAGUGACGCUGUGUACAAAGCUGACCUGGAAGAGAUUGUGGGUGUAGGAUGGGUCCCGAUUGGCUCGCUGGAUGUGCUGAAAGCCAAGAAUGCCGCGACCAUUCUUAGCGACCGUCUUUACAAGCAGAAGCCAGACAGUCUGAAAUACACCACAGACAUGACGUCCAUGCCCAUGCUGCUAGCUAAAGCAAAUGCCGAUAACAUGAACAAGAAAAACUACAUUGCUUCAUGGGAGGCGGAGAAAAUGAAGAACCAUGUAAACGCUGACCUGCCUGAGCUGCUCCUCUCCAAAGCAAACGCUUACAACAUGAGCAAGAAACUGUACAAGCAAGCCGUGGAGGACAUGUUCAGACAGGGCUACGACAUGAAGCCUGAUGCCGUGUCUGUUGUAGCUGCCAAACACGGACGAGAGAUCAUCAGUGAUUACAAGUACAAGACCGGAUACCGUAAGCAAGUCGGCCACCACAUCGGCGCUCUUAGCAUCAACGACGAUCCUCUCAUCAUGCUGGCCCUGAACUCGGGAAAGAUCGCCAGCGACGUCCUCUACAAGAAAGACUUCAACAAGUCCAAGACCAAGUUCAACCUGCCAGUGGACAUGCUAAACCUAGAACUGGCCAAGAAAUGCCAGAUCCAGGUCAACGACUUCAACUAUAGAACUCAUCUUCACAACUGGACCUGUCUGCCGGACUCCAACGACGUGGUCCAGGCCAGAAAGGCGUACGACCUUCAGAGCGAUGCUGUAUACAAAGCAGACAUGGAAUGGAUCAAGGGAUCGGGUUGGGUCCCCAUCGGCUCUCUGGAUGUGGAGAAAGCCCGGAAAGCGGCAGAGAUCCUGAGUGAGAGGAAGUAUCGUCAGCCUCCCAGCAACUUCAAAUUCACGGCCCAGACGACCGACAUGCCGUUUGCCCUCGCUCUCGCCAACGCCCACACCAUGGACAGGAAAGCGUAUGUGUCUGCGUGGGAGAACGACAAAACAAACCUUCAUAUCAUGCCUGAUACGCCCGAGAUCCUCCUGGCCAAGCAGAAUAAACUCAACACCAGUCUGAAAUAUUACCGUGAAGGCUACAUGGACACUAUCAAAAACGGUUACUACCUCCCCAAAGAUGCAAUUUCUGUUCUGUCAGCCAGGGCCUCUCGAGACAUCGUCAGUGAUUACAAAUACAAGGCUGGCUUCCGCAGUCAGUGUGGUCACCACAUCGGCGCCCGCAGCGUCAAUGACGACCCGCUGAUUUUACUGGCCGCUCACGCCGCCAGGAUCUCAAGCGACAACAUCUACAAGAAGGACUUCAACAAGACCAAGACCAAGUUCAACCUGCCCGUUGACAUGCUGACCCUGGAGCUGGCCAAGAAAUGCCAGAAGCAGGUCAACGACUUCAACUACAGGACCCACCUGCACCAGUGGACUUGUCUGCCCGACUCCAAUGAUGUUGUCCAGGCCCGAAAGGUCUACGACCUCCAGAGUGAUGCUGUAUACAAAGCCGACCUGGAGUGGCUGAAGGGAUGCGGCUGGUCGCCUCAGGAUUCCGUGGACGUUGUCAAAGCUAGAAAGGCACAGGAGAUUCUCAACGAGAGACUCUACCGCCAACCGCCCAGCACGGUCAAGUUCACCAGCGUGGUUGACCUGCCGGCCAUCGUCCUGUCCAAGCAAAAUGCAGACAACCUCAGUGAUAGAAAAUACAGGGAAGUCUGGGAGAAUGAAAAGACAUCCUUUUUGCUUCCAGCUGAUACUCCCGGUCUUGAGCUGUCCAAGGUUAAUUCCGUCAACAUCAGCAAUAAACUAUACACAAAGUCUUGGGACGAUCAGAAGGCCAAAGGCUACCAUAUCAAGGAGGACGCCAUCUCGGUGCUCAAGGCCAAAGCUUCCAGAGAUAUCAUUAGCGACUACAAGUACAAAGCAGGAUACCGCAAGCAGGUCGGCCACCACAUUGGCGCCCGCAGCGUGCAAGACGACCCUCUGAUCAUGCUGGCCCUGAACUCAGCCAAGAUCGCCAGCGACGCCCUCUACAAGAAGGACUUCAACAAGUCCAAGACCAAGUUCAACCUGCCAGUGGACAUGCUGAACCUGGAAUUGGCCAAGAAAUGCCAGAUUCAAGUCAACGACUUCAACUACAGAACACAUUUGCACAACUGGACUUGCCUGCCGGACUCCAACGACGUGGUCCAGGCUAGAAAGGCAUACGACCUGCAGAGCGAUGCCGUGUACAAAGCCGACAUGGAGUGGAUACGUGGAUGUGGUUGGAUACCACACGAGUCUGUGGAGGUUUUGAAGGUGAAGAAUGCUCAGAAGAUCCUGGCUGAUAGAGGCUACCGCGUCAAGCUGGACGAACAGACAUUCUCCGUUCCAACUGACAGAGUCGACUUGACGUGCGCCAAGAAUGCUGCUGAUGUCCUCAACGAGGCCAAAUACCGUGAGGCUUGGCAUCAGGAGAAGACCAAGUACACGCUGGUGGACACUCCAACAAUGGCCACAGCUAGAGAGGUGGCGAAAAAUGUCCACCCGCAACUUUACUCCAAAGACUGGGACAAGAUGAAGGCCACCGGGUACUUCAUGCCUGAAAAUGCCGUGUCGAUAAAGCAGUGCAUCAACACGUCGAAAGUACAAAGCCACCAUAAAUACCUGGAGGGAUACCGCAAGCAGGUGGGCCACCACAUCGGCGCUCUCAGCGUCCAGGACGACCCCCUCCUCAUGCUGGCUCUGAACUCAGCCAAGAUCGCCAGCGACGCCCUCUACAAGAAGGACUUCAACAAGUCCAAGACCAAGUUCAACCUUCCAGUGGACAUGCUGCAGUUUGAGCUGGCCAAGAAAUGCCAGCAGCAAGUCAACGAUGACAACUACAGGACCCGCCUGCACCAGUGGACUUGCCUGCCAGACCAGAAUGACGUCAUCCAGGCCAGGAAAGCCUACGAUCUUCAGAGCGAUUUUGUCUACAAGGCAGAUAUGGAAUGGAUUCGAGGCUGCGGAUGGGUGGCAGCCGACUCUGUGGACCACGUCAAGGUCAAGAAAGCGCAAGAAAUUCUCAACGAUAGGCUCUACAAGAAGAACGCCAUUGAGGGCUUUGGAAAUUUCACCCUGGUCGUCGACCGGCCUGAAAUUGUCUUGGCAAAGAUAAACGCCGCCAACCUCAGCGAUCUGAAGUACAAGGAGACCUUCAAUGCUGAGAAGGGUCAGUACAUCGGUUCAGACGACACUCCUCAGCUGGCCCACAGCAGGGAGGUGAACAAGAACAUCAGUGAGAAACUCUACAAGCUCCAAUGGGACAAGUCCAAGGCUUCAGGCUACCACCUGGACCACGAGUACAUCCCUCUUCUCAGCGGCAAGCGGGGCAGGGAGAUCGCCAGCGACGUCAAGUACAAGGAUGCCCACGAGAAGGGCAAAGGUCAUUACAUGGCUGGAACCCUGGUGGACUUCCCGGAGGUGAUGCGAUGUGGUGAUCAGGAGAGAAACAAGGGCCUGAGGCUUUACCAGAAGGACUACCACACGACCAAGACCAAGACCCACAUCCCAUCCGACGUCAUUGCCAACAAGGUGGCCAAGCGUUGCCAGGACAUGCUGAGCGACGUUCUCUACCGCACCUACCUGCACCAGUGGACCUGCCAUCCCGAACAGGAGGACGCCAUCCGCGCCCGCAAGACCAACGAGAUUCUGAGCGAUGUGUUUUACAAGGAAGAUCUGACAUGGAUGAAGGGUAUUGGUUGCUACGUUUGGGACACACCAGAGAUCCUUCGCGCCAAGAAGUCCUACGAGCUGCAGAGUGACCUGAAAUACAGAGAUGAGGCCAAGAAGGAAUUCAACAAUUACUCCAUUGUGACAGACACGCCGGUCUACAUGACGGCCGUCCUGGGCCACACAUGGGCCAGCGACCUGAACUACAGGGAGGCCUACCACAAGGAGAAGCACCUGUACACCACCGUGCUGGACACCUACGACUACGCCAGAUGCCACAACUUCAAACAGUUCUUCAGUAACAAAAACUACACCGGCGCCUGGGAUAAAAUCAAAGCCAAGAGCUACCAGAUUCCGCACGACUCGCAUACCAUGCAACACGCCAAAAGCCAGAAGAUCAUUCUCAGCGGCGUGAAGUACAAGGAGGAUUAUGAGAAGUUCAAGUCGCUCUACAGUCUUCCCAAGUCACUCGAGGACGACCCUGCCACCGCUCGCUGCGUCAAGGCGGGAAAACUGGUCCUGGAUCGCCUGUACAAAGAGAGCUAUGAGAAGUCCAAGGCCAAGAACCAUAUUCCUCCAGACAUGCUGGAGAUCCUGUCGGCUCGCAACACCCAGACCACCAUUAGUGGAAUCCACUACCGCAAGUAUCUGCACCAGUGGAUGUGUCUUCCUGACAUGCAGAUGUACGUUCAAGCCCGUAAAGUCAACGAGCAGCUCAGUGACAUCUUCUACAAAGACGACCUGAACUGGCUGAAGGGAAUUGGCUGCUACGCCUGGGACACCCCAGAGAUCCUGCGUGUCAAGAAUGCUGGCGAUAUUCAGAGCGAAUACAAGUACAGAGCCAAAGGCAUCGAGGCUUUCAAGGACUACUCCGUGGUGACGGACACGCCAGUGUAUGAGACAUCCAAGCAGAAUGCAAUAAACCUGAGCGAUCUGCACUAUCGCUCCGAUUACAACGCCAACGUGAAAGGAACCAACACCGCUCCUGCGGUCACUGUGGACAUGGAAAGGGCCCGCCUGGCCAACCACAUUCAAAGUGAUAACUGGUACAAGGAGGCCAACAAAAACUCAAUGGCCACCAGCUACAGCUUGCCCCACGACACGCCACUCAUCAAGCAGGUUAAGCACAACACCUUUGUGAGCAGCAACGUGAAGUACAAGGAGGCCUACGAGAUGAUGAAGGCCAAGUGUUACACCCUUCACCCGGAGGGCGUCAACUUUGUCAACUGCAGGAAGGCCAACAAAAUCUCAAACGAGCGUCUGUAUCGCGAGGACUAUCACAGGCAAAAGGACAAGAUCCACACAACCUACGACACUCCCGACAUCAAACAAGUCAAGAUGAACCAGGAGCAUCUCAGUGACUUGUGGUACAAAGAGAAAUACAACAACAGCAAAGGCCAGCUGAUCUCCAUGCCCAUGACGCCGCAGCUGUUGCACUGCUACCACGUCAAUGACAUCACCAGCGAGCUGAAAUACAAAGAAGACCUGACGUGGCUGAGAGGCAUCGGCUGUUUCCUGUAUGACACCCCAGAGAUGGUCCGCAUCCGCAACGUCACAAAGUUCAGGGUUGACUACCCGGUGGAGGCCAAGAAGAACCUCCCCAACUUCUCCGUGGUCCUGGACACUCCCGAGUACAAACGUGUCAGCGAGCUCAAGAGCCACUUGAGCACGCUGAUCUACAAAGCUCAGAGCAAAGAGGACAUGGCGAAGGUCACCACCACCUCCGACUCGGUGGACAUCAAGAGAGCUAAAUGGGCCCAGCAGCUGACUAACCACUACCUGUACACCGACCUCGCCGCUAAAGAACGACCCCACUUCACCCUCGAAGUCGAAACGCCAAACAUGGGUCACGCGAGGAAGAUGAAAGUGGUCUACAGUGACAACAAGUACAGAGAACAAUAUGAGAAGAUGAAGCACCGCUACACCGCCAUCGCCGACACACCCCUCCUGAUCCGCUCUAAGAAGUCCUACCUUCAGUCCAGUGACUUGCGAUACAAAGAGACCUUUGAGCUUUCCAAAGGACACUACCGCACCGUCAAGGACGCCCUGGACAUCACCUACCAUCGCAGAGUCACAGACGACAUCAGCAAUGUCAAGUACAGGGAAAAGUAUAUCAGCUCUCUGGGAACAUGGAAGUCCAUCCCAGACCGCCCCGAGUUCUUCUUCAGCAGAAUAGUCAACGACAACGUCAGCACUGUGAAGUACAAGGAGGACCUGGACUGGCUGAAAGGAAUCGGCUGCUAUGUGUGGGACACGCCCGAGUUGUUGCGGGCUGAGAAGAAUAAGGCGCUGUACAGUGAGAGACUGUACAAAACCUCAUUUGAGAAAAACAGAGGAAACUUCAAGUACACCUGUGACACUCCUUUCUUCCACGCCGCCAAGAACGCCUCCACCCUCAUCAAUGAGAAAUGGUAUAAAUCAAAGGCAAAGGAUCUGCUCAAGAGUGGCUGCAACGAGCUACACCGGCCCGACAUCCUCACGGCACUUUUCCAGACCGUUAUGGGUAGUAAGUGGCGUUACAGGGAGCAGUACGAGCGUGCCAAGGACAAGUUCACCUCCAUCCUGGAGACUCCUGUGUAUGAAACGCAUAAACGCAGCAAGAAGAUCGGUGAUAUUGUUUACAAGAUGGAGUACAACAAGACCAAGGCGAAGGGAUACACGCUGCCGUAUGACACCCCGGACCAGCAGCACAAGAAGAGGGUCAAGGAGAUCACCAGCGAUCUGAAGUAUAGAGAGGUCUACGAGAGGAGCAAGGCCCAGAUCAACAUGGACCCGGAGGCUCACUCCAUCCGCGCCGCCAAGGAAGCUUACAAGAACAUCAGCAACCUGGAUUACAAGAAGAAAUACGAAGCCACCAAGAACAAGUGGAUGUGGACGGCUGACAGGCCGGACUUUGUCAAUGCCGCCAGAAGCACCCUGCAGCAGAGCGACGUCGAGUACAAGUACGACAAGGAGAACAUGAAGGGCUGUGUGAUACCGGUCGUUGACGACAAGCUUACUGUCCUCGCCCUGAAGAACGCCGUAAUGGCCAGUGAGGUGAAAUACAAGGAGAAGUAUGAGAAGGCAAAGGGCCACUACUUGCCCGUCGCAGACACGCCUCAAAUCCUCCACUCACAGGCUGUGCGCACCCUUGCAUCCGAGACCAAAUACAAGGAGGCCAGCAAGAAGCAAAUGCAGUCUGGCUCGUUCACCACCCUGCCGGAGACCCGCGACACCGUCCACAGCAAGGAGAUCAACAAGCUCGUCAGCAAGAAUGUGUACAAAGCCAAGUUUGAGAAGGAGAAGGGCAAGUCGGUGUAUAACAACAUGAGCGUCCCGCCUGAUGUUGAGCAUGCCAUGGAAGUCGCCAAAAAACAGAGCAACCUGGCCUACAAGAAGAACGCCAAAGCCAAUCUGCACUACACUAGCGUGGUGGAUCGACCUGACAUCAAGAAGGCCACACACACCGCCAAACUCGUCAGUGAGAUUGGCUACCGUGACAAGGCCCGUGAAGAGGCCAGCCGCGGAGGUUCUCUGGUCCACCGACCGGACAUUAAGCUGGCCACGGAUGUGUGCAAGCUCAACAGCCAGCUGAAGUACAAAGAGAAGUUUGAUAAGGAAAUGAAGGGAAAGAGGCCGCAGUAUGACCUGAAAGAGAGUAAGAUUUACCAAACGUAUAAGGACGCCAACACGCUGGCUAGUGAGGUGAAGUACAAAGGUGACCUGAAGAAGAUCCACAAGCCUGUGACCGACAUGGCCGAGUCUCUGUCCAUGCAGCACAGCUUGAGCACCAGCAGGCUGUCCAGCGACUACUGCUACAAGAGGAAGUUUGAGGCGAGUAAGGGUCACUAUCAUAUGAUUCCCGACACACCAGAGCAGCUCCAUCACAAGGAGGCUUCUGAACUACAGAGCCACGUGAAGUACAAGGAGAAGUACGAGAAGGAGAAGGGCAAGGCCAUGCUGGACUUUGAGACUCCCACAUACGUGACGGCCAAGGAGGCGCAGCACAUGCAGAGCCAGAAAGACUAUAAGAAGGACUUUGAGGAGUCCAUGAGGGGCAAGAACCUCUCAGGCUUGGAGGUCACGCCUGCCAUGAUACAUGUCAGACACGCCACCAAAAUAGCCAGCGAGAAAGAGUACAGGAAGGAUCUAGAGGAGGGAGUGAAGGGUAAAGGGCUAACUGUGCUGGAGGAAACUCCCGAGCUUUUGAGAGCAAGGAAUGCCACUCAAAUCCUGUGUGAGAGGGAGUACAAGAAGGCGCUGGAGCAGGAGAUUAAGGGCAAGGGAAUGUUGGCUUUGGCGACCGACACCCCGGACUUCAUGAGGGCAAGGAACGCGACGGACAUCCUCAGUCAGUCCAAGUACAAGCAGAUCGCUGAGAUGGACCGCGCCAGCUACACCACGGUCAUCGACACUCCGGACAUCAUCCACGCUCAGCAGAUGAAGAACAUCGUUAGCCAGAAAAAGUACAAAGAAGAGGCAGAGAAGACCAUGUCUCACUAUGUGCCCGUUCUGGACACCCCUGAGAUGCAGAGGGUCCGUGAGAACCAGAAGAACUUCAGCACUCUUCAGUACCAGACUGACCUUAAAUACAUAAAGGGCAAAGGGUCUGCUGUAAUCAACACCCCUGAAAUGCUUCGUGUUAAAGAAAAUACAAAGAAUUUCAGCUUGAUUCACUACAAAGAGGAUUUGGGAGGAGGCACCGCAGUGCCCGAAACCCCCGAAAUGGAGAGGGUUAAACGGAACCAGCGCAACGUUAGCACGAUACGGUACAAGGAUUCUCUGAGUCAAGGCACAGCCAUACCAGAUCUCCCCGAGGUCAAGCGGGUCCGAGAAACCCAGAAGAAUAUCAGCUCGCUGCAAUACAAAGAAGAGUUGGGACGAGGGACGUCGGUGUCAGAGACGCCGGAGAUGGAGCGAGUUAAACGCAAUCAGCAAAAUAUUAGCACGAUCAAAUACAGGGACUCUCUGGACCGCGGGACGGCUAUACCAGACCUGCCGGAGGUGAAGCGGGUCAAACAAACCCAGAGGCACAUCAGCUCGGUGUUGUAUAAGGACAGUUCCGCCAAGGGAACCCCCGUGGUGUUUACUCCAGAGAUGGAGCGAGUCAAAAGGAACCAAGAGAACAUUAGCUCGGUGUUGUACUCCGACAGCUUCCGUAAGCAAGUCCAGGGCAAGGCCGCCUUCGUUCUGGACACACCUGAGAUGAGGCGUGUGAAGGAAACCCAGCGCAUCAUCUCUGGGGUGCGGUACCACGAGGACUUCGAGAAGAACAAGGGCAGCUUCACCCCCACCACCUCGGACCUCGUGACGGAGCGCGUGAAGAAGAACACGCAGGACUUCAGCGACAUCAGCUACCGCGGCAUCCAGAGGCGCGUGGUCGAGAUGGAGAGGAGACGCGCCAUUGAGCACGACCAGGAAACCAUCACUGAUCUGAGAGUGUGGCGUACAAACCCUGGUUCCGUGUUUGACUACGACCCCGCUGAGGACAACAUCCAGUCCAGGAGUCUGCACAUGAUGUCAGUACAAGCUCAGCGCCGCAGCAAGGAGCACUCACGCUCCACCAGCGCCCUCAGCGGCAUGGCCGACGAGAAAUCCGAGAUGUCCCAGGAUGUGGACCACCACAUGUCCCUCUACAGCAACGGAUACAUAACUUCCUCCAUGGGCUACCAGCAUGCUAAGACUGUGGAGGUGCAGCAGAGGUCCUCAUCAGUGGCCACGCAGCAGACCACCGUGUCCUCCAUCCCCUCGCACCCCUCCACCACCGGGAAAACGGUGCGAGCCAUGUAUGACUACCUGGCGGCCGACAGCGACGAGGUGUCCUUCAAGGACGGCGACGUGAUCGUGAACGUGCAGGCCAUCGACGAGGGCUGGAUGUACGGCACCGUGCAGCGCACCGGCAAGACCGGGAUGCUGCCGGCUAACUACGUGGAAGCCAUUUAAGUUAGGGACUCAAACACGCCCACAGGGAUCGGUGCAAUGUGUGCAAUGUGUGCAAUGAGUGCGUGUGUGUGUGUGUGUGUGAAACGUGCGUUGAUUGUGUUGUCGUCUGCUAUCAAACCUGUGGAUGUUAGUCCAAAGUCUGAUCCUCCAUACUAGUCCUCAAACAUGAACAAGAACUCUUUGAAGCUGAUCCGAGACCAGGCUUCCCUCUCUGUAGCAAACACCCCGACUCGUGUAAACCUGAGAAAAAAGCAAAGACAAAGACAACCCCAGAUCUACGACGGAAGAGACGGCUGUUGAAGAGCGAUGUACGAGAAGGAUGGUUUCUCCUCCUUGGAUGAAGGCUGACCACUGUAGCCCACUAGCACAGCGUGUGUUUUGGUUUUUGAUGGCGAGGGGACGUCCCGUACCUUCAGCCUGUAGCUAAUAAAGCCAAGCUCCUGCAGUA